CUGCCAAAACACACGUUCAAGAUGCGUCUCUCAUUACAAUGCCUUAUCAUCAUCUCGAUCUAUACCACGGAAGCCUACUCUAAUGUCCUAGGGCCCAGAUAUCCAGCUCCACUCGACUUGACUAGCGAUGACAGCGUGGUCACCGCUGGGUGGAAGAAUGUCACCUCGUUCUUCGACACAUAUCUUCACGACAACCGAUCGUUAAUACCGAGUCCUCCCCUUGGAUUGGAGAAUCUCACUUUCUCCACUGGCAUGUUCUCCAUUCACGACCCUGCGGCCCAAUCUUUACAAUACCACUACACCUCCGAUGAAGUCAGAACCGGUCCAGGUGUCCACGAGGUAGAUGGCGACAGUAUCUACAAGGUCGCCAGCAUCACCAAACUCAUCACAGUCUUCACAGCCAUGCUGUCCUUCGACGUCGAUCAGUGGGAACGCCCGAUCACCGACUUCGUCCCCGGCCUCUCCAAAUCCGCGCUGGACAAAGUUGGGCAUGAUCGUAUUAGCCACACGCAGUGGGAGGAUGUCAGUCUACGUGCUCUUGCAGCUCAAAUUGCGGGAGUGUCCGCUGUGGACUUGCCGUGGGGCUCAGAUAGUGCGUUGACCAUCGACCCUACAACCGUCGCCAUAGUUGCGAAUCCGCAUGCUCUAGAGGCAGGCCUACCACCUCUAAACUUGAGCGACCCAGCAGCCCUUUACCCUUGCUUAAAAGAUCCGAUCUUAGUUUACAUGGACCCGCUCAAAGGCUGCCCUCCAGACUUGUGGCUCGAGGGGGAACUGGAACGCGCUCCAGCAUUCGACGCCUGGACGACUCCUGCGUAUGCCAACAAUGGAUUCAUACUGCUUGGUAUAGCCCUCGCGAACAUUACUGGCAAGCCUAUCACUCAAGUGUACGACGAUCUGGUGUUUGAUCCUCUUGGGAUGGCCCAUUCAAAGGCUGUACCUCCGACGGAAUCGGAAGUCCCUCAAUACGUAUCUCCUGGAAACACGACCGAUGUGACCUUUCAAGGCGGCCUAUCCGUCUCCAGCGGUGGCCUUUUCUCCUCUUUAAACGACCUUGCGACAUUCGGAACAGCUCUGAUGAACUCCACCCUCCUGCCCGCGAACAAAACCCGCGAGUGGAUGAAGCCCAUCUCCCACACGGCCGACCUCACUUUCUCUGUCGGCGCGCCCUGGGAGAUAUACCGAUACAUCCACGCAGACACAGGCGCCGUCACUGACAUGUACACGAAAUCAGGCGACGCUGGCAACUUUACCGGCUUCGCUGUGAUGCUACCAGACUAUGACGCUGGGUUUAACAUUAUCAGCGCUGGUAAUCAGCAGGUGAAUGUCAGUCAGAAGUCGCACUUAGCGCAGGCAAUCGCCGAUAUCAUCACGACUACUUUGAUUCCCGCCCUUGAAGCGCAAGCUGUUGCGGAGGUGAAGCGCAAUUUCGCCGGGACAUAUGCGUCAAAGGACCCAGUUCUGAAUUCUUCUUUGACCCUCACGUUCGACGAGUCGGCUAGCAAUACCGGUCUGUAUAUCUCGUCGUGGAUCAGCAAUGGGACCGACAUGGUCCCGCUGGAGUGGUUUGGGCCGGGGCCCGUGAAGCUGCAGCCGUCGACCAAGCAGCCAGGCCAGCAAGCGUUCAGGGCGCUGCCCGUACGGCCGAAGUUGCCUCCUGGAUCUGGACCGUUUGCAACCAUGUUCAAUACUAACGACUGGCUUGCGGUUUAUAGCUCGGUGUAUGGGGCGGUGGACAUGGGCCUGUUUGUGUUUGAUAUUGGAGCGGAUGGGAGAGCGACAUGCGCAGAGCCUGCGGCGGUCAGGGCGAAACUAGAGCGCGUUGAGUAGGAGUUGAGGGACUUCAGAUAUCUUGAAAGCAAUUGAUGGGUGCAGCGUAUCAUUUUGUCCUUGUUGUUUCGUUACCUUGUAGCCUGGUAACACCUGUAAGACAGAUGGCAGUUUCGAAAGGG